GGGGCAGAGAGCGUCGGUGGUACCGUCUCCGCGUUAGUUCUCGGUGAACACCUCGCCCCGAAGUGCCACAUCGAGAAUUGGAUAUGUUAGGUUUACUGGCCUCCCGGUUCGCUCUGCCCCCUCCUCGCGUCUCCGCCUCAGCUGCCGCCGGAAACAUCUCGCUCGCGGAUGGCAGCGUUUGCGCUUUGCUGCGCCCUCAGCCGGACGAGGCCGAUACGGUGGCGCCGGAGAGCGCGCACAAGUGGCGGAUGGUGAUUGCCUACGAUGGUACCAAGUUCAAAGGUUGGCAGUAUCAACCAUCACCUCCAACCAUACAAUGCUUUUUAGAGAAAGCACUAAUACACAUAACCAAGCUGGACCGGAAGGAGCUUUGUUUGGUUGGUGCAGGAAGGACAGACACAGGCGUUCAUGCACGGGGUCAGGUGGCACAUUUUACCACGCCUUUUACAUACCGUUGUCUUGAUAGCUUCCAUUCUGCAAUCAAUGGACUUCUACCUCCUGAUAUUCGAGUUAGGGAAAUUAGUGCAGCACGUCCUGAAUUCCAUGCUCGCACAUCCACAAAGAGCAAAAUAUACCAUUACAAGAUCUAUAAUGAAGCAGUUAUGGACCCAUUUCAUAAUAAUUAUGCUUACCAUAGUGCACAUAGACUUAAUUCACAUGCUAUGAGGGAGGCUGCAAAGCAUUUUGUUGGAGAACAUGACUUCACAUCUUUUGCCAAUGCAGUACAUAAUGAUCGCGUCCGUAGCCCCAUAAAGAAGAUAUUGCGAUUUGAUGUUACUGAAAUGGAUGCUAUCAUACAGCUCGAAGUUGAAGGCACUGGCUUUUUGUACAGACAAGUGAGGAAUAUGGCAGCGUUGCUAAUUCAAGUAGGAAGGGAGGCACUGCCUCCUGAAAUCGUCCCGAAAAUCAUCGAGGCAAAGGACCGCAAAGAACUAGCGAAGGUAGCCUUUUUAGCACCACCUCAUGGAUUGUAUCUCAUGUCAGUCAACUAUGACAGAGAAAUCUUGAAGCCUCCUGAGGAUUCCCCUCCAAUUAGCUUUGGAAGGACUCAUCAGAUUAGUAGAUGCAAACUUCUAUUUUAUUGAUUCUUUCUUGAAACAAAAAAUAUCAGUAGAGGUUUCAUUUUGUAGCUUAUGUCCACUAGAAUUUCUGCGGUGUCAAACCGCAGUACGUUGUUUCUUUCGGAAAAAGAGAGAGGCAUAGAUCCCGAUUGGCUGCUAAUUGCUGACAUGUUAGUGUGUAUUCGUGAAGCUAUGAUAAUUUGGUAGAGCUCACUUGGUUGUCGA